CAGUAUGUGUGCAAAUAUUUUAUUCGUUUGUGCUUUAUUCUGCUUAGUCCCUACAUUUGGUUUAGAGCUGCCUGAUUAUGUGAAACGUUGCAGUCAAUCUGAUCCAAAAUUAAAUGAAUGUGCCAAAUCUAGUGCAAUUGCCGCUUUACCAACAAUAAUCAAAGGUGAUAAAAGAUACAAUACUCCAGUUUUGGAUCCUCUCCAUUUACCUGAAAUUAAUUUUGAUGCAAGCCAAAAUUUACAUAUAAAUUUAAAAAAUGUUGUAUUAUCAGGUUUAGAAAAUAUUGUCAUCAAAGACGUCGAAUUUGCACUACAAGACAAGCGUGUUAAAGUCACAGUUUUUACGAAUUAUAUAAAUAUUUUUGGAGACUAUGACAUCGACGGAAAAGUUCUUAUUUUGCCAAUUAAAGGAAAUGGACCCGCCAAUUUGACAUUUUUCGAUUCCACUUUCGUUUAUGAAAUGAAAUAUGAUUUAGUGAAAAAAGAUGAUGGAAAAGAUUAUGUCUCGAAUAUUACUCCUUCCAUUACCUACAAAAUUGGCAAGGCACAUUUCAAUCUUGAAAAUCUGUUUAAUGGUGAUAAAGAAUUAGGAGACCAAAUGAACAAAUUUUUAAACGAGAACGAAAAAGAAAUUGCGAAGGAUUUGGCACCAUCAGUACAGGAAGUAAUUAGUCGCAUCGUCACAUCAAUUUUAGAUGGUUUCUUAACAAUGGUUCCUGUUGAAAACAUAUUUUUACCAUAAAUAUAC